AUGUCGGACCUCAAUCUCGAGCAGGUCCGCGACACCAUGAUCGCCAUCGCCCACGAGGCGGGCCGCUUGAUGCUCGCCGCCAACCCGGCCGAUAUUCCCUCAGGCACCAAGCUCAACGCCGUCGACAUUGUCACCGAGGCCGACCAAGCCAUCGAGAAGAUGGUCGCCGGGAAGCUGUCGACCGCGUUUCCCUCGGUGGCGUUUAUGGGCGAGGAGACGUACAAGCCGGGCAUGAAGCUCGGUCCGGAGCCCACCUUUGUCGUGGACCCCAUCGACGCAAAAGGCACCACCAACUUUGUUCAUGGAUUCCCCAACGCCUGCAUCUCGCUGGGCCUCGCCAUUGACCGCACACCCGCCGUCGGCGUCAUCUACAACCCGUGGCAGGACCUACUCUUCACGGCCGUCAAGGGCCAGGGAGCCUUCAUGACGCGCGGGAAGGACACGAGCCCGCGGCGCCUCCCGCUCGCCGCGACGCUGCGGCCGCUGACGACGCUCGGCGAGGCGCUCGUCGGCGUGGAAUGGGGCUCGGUGCGCGACGGGCCCAACUUUGACGUCAAGGUCGAGACCUUUCGCCGACUGGGCGCCUCCAAGGACACGGGCGGCGCCAUGGUGCAGUCGAUGCGGUCGCUGGGCUCCGCCGCUCUCAACCUGGCCGCCGUCGCCGCCGGUGAGCUUGACCUCUACUGGGAGGGCGGCUGCUGGGCCUGGGACGUCUGCGCCGGCUGGUGCAUCCUCCACGAGGCCGGCGGCCGCAUGGUCAGCGGCAACCCGGGCGACUGGACGCCAGAGGUCGACGGCCGCGUGUACCUCGCGGUCCGCGCCGCGCCGAGCGGCCAGACGGAGAUUGUCGAGGAGUUUUGGAAGCUCAUGGGCGACGGCCGCAUGGACUACUCGUCGUGA